ACUGCAGAGGAGCGAGCUGCGGAAGAGGCGCACUGACUCCAACAGAACAAGUGGAUGGAAAGAGCACGGUGCAAUGGAGAAAGUGAAGCACGGUGCAGAGAGCGGUGCCCUGUGAGCUGAAGAAGAGGAAGAAGAGAAAAGAUGCUUGCAUGAGACAAGGGGGAAUGAGCAGUAGGAUAAGGAGUUUUGAGGAAGAGUUGAGAUUAUUGUCCAGAAUGGCACGGAUUUGCUCCGCUCCAAAUGUCGCCAAGAUGACAUAGCACUUGAGAAAAAUGGGAUUCCUGCAGGAACAGAACUCACUCACGACCUGAAUGAGAAGAGACGAGGGAUUCGACUCACAUCGGAAUUUAGUUUUGUGUUGUUUUUUUUCUUCUUCUUGUACUUGACAAGCCUCGGGUGUGAGUGAAAUAUGAAUCUGGGCGAAGCGUUUCUGUUUUUCCUCCUCUCCAACUGCGUGACAAUGACUCUGUCGCUGUCCACUUGCACCACCGUGGACAUUGACCACAUCAAGAAGAAGAGAGUGGAGGCGGUGCGCGGACAGAUCCUCAGUAAACUCCGGCUGACCAGUCCGCCACAAACCACAGGUCCGAGCCAGGUACCGUUUCAGGUCCUGGCCCUUUAUAACAGCACCAAGGAGCUCAUUGAGGAGCUGGGCAGAGACAGGCACCAGAGUUGUGGACAGGAUAAUACGGAGACUGAGUACUAUGCCAAAGAGAUUUACAAGUUCAACAUGAUCAUUGGGCCACCAGAAAACAAUGACCUCUCCUACUGCACCAAGGGAACCACCUCCAAGGUAUUCCGCUUCAAUGUCUCGACCAUGGAGAAGAACUCCACCAACUUGUUUCGGGCUGAAUUUCGAGCCCUGCGGAUCCCCAACCCCGUCGCCAAGAAAAACGAGCAGAGGAUUGAGCUCUACCAGAUCCUCCAGAAAGAUGACCCCAAAGCCAAACAGCGUUACAUCGGGGGCAAGAACGUCCUGACCAAGGGGACGGCUGAAUGGGUGUCGUUUGAUGUUACCGAGACAGUGAGGGAGUGGCUAAUGUACCGACAGACCAAUCUUGGCCUGGAGAUCAGUGUCCAUUGUCCCUGCCAUACUUUCAGGCCUAACGGUGACAUUAUCGAGAAUGCCAACGAGGUGCUGGAGGUCAAGUUCAAAGGUAUUGAGGCCGAAUAUGACGACCUGAGCCGUACAAAAAAACAAAAGGAGCCGCUCCACCCUCACCUCAUCCUCAUGAUGCUCCCGCCCCACAGGCUGGACGCCCAGUCCUCAUCCCGCAGGCGCAAGCGGGCACUUGACACCAAUUACUGCUUCAACAAUUAUGAGGAGAACUGCUGCGUGAGACAACUAUAUAUUAAUUUCCGGCAGGAUUUGGGCUGGAGGUGGAUCCAUCAGCCUGAAGGGUACUAUGCCAACUUCUGCUCUGGUCCCUGUCCUUACCUACGCAGUGCGGACACCACCCACAGCUCGCUGCUGAGCCUCUACAACACCUUGAACCCCGAAGCGUCCGCCUCGCCCUGCUGUGUUCCUCAGGACUUGGAGCCCCUCACCAUCCUCUACUACGUGGGUCGCUCCCCUAAAGUCGAGCAGCUCUCCAACAUGGUUGUCAAGUCCUGCAAGUGCAGCUAAACGUCAGAGCUUCAGGGCCUGUCGAGAGCCACGGGAUGUGACGGCUCCCAGCACUACUCAGGAGCAGGUAUGAGGGGUUAGAGGGGGGCAGCACGUGCUCCAUGAGCGCCUCUUCCCUCUGCUUCAGCUUUUACCCUGAGCUCUCUCACGAAAAAACAAAGACGCAGUCCGCCACUCUGCUCACAAUCAUUGGCAGCAUUUACCUAAAAGACUUCGUCAAACACCACUUCACUAACAGCGCUCUCAAACCCAUCAGACCUCUUAUUGACCUUCAACAAUCGCCUUUCGACAUCAGCGUUUGUCAUGUUUUUUUUCUUUUUUCGUAUUCCAGCAUUUUGAACAGCCUUUACCUCAGUGUUACGUGACAUUGACAACCGACAACAGAGGAACAGUAAUUGGUUCUGCAUUCUCAAGGACAUCAAAUAAUAGCAGUAAAAAAAAAAAAGACAAAAAAAUGAGUGAGAAUGCAGACUGAACUCAGCAGGACAGGAGCAAGUCAAAGAGUGAAAAUAGAAACACACGACUGUUUGUUGAGAGCAAACAGAUCCUUGGGCUCUGACUUACAGGACAACUUCGAAUGUCCAAGCUGGAAACUGACGCCGUUGCACACCACAGCUCCAGACACUGUUCAUUUAGGAUUAAAUGCUGUUCAAUGAAAAUGAUCUUUUGGGAAAAAAAAAAAAAAAAAAAAAAACAUGCUGGAAACCAACCUUUAUUUCAAAGUAGUUUUUCCAUGGUUAUGUUUACCUCUGUAAUGCAACAGGAUGGAGAUUCCAGGGAUUGUUUUGUUUUAAAGUGAAGCCUUUUUGUUGUAUGAGACAAUGUACGUCACUAAGUGAACACUUAACUAGAUCACGAACUGUAAAUGAUUUUCUUAUUACUCUUGGAAACACUUUUUUUUAUUAAAAAUGAACAGUUGGAUAGAAUCGUUCUAUUUUUGUUUAUUGUUGAGUUUUUAUGUAUUAUUCGGAGAACUUCAUUUUAAAGGGUAGUAGAGUAAAUUUAGACACAGCCCUUCCAGUGAUUGACAACUUCCAGUGUACAGUAAAUUUGGUGAACAAAUACAUUUACUGACAUGAUCAGAAUGUUUCAAUGUUUUAUGUUUUCAUGUCAAUAACUAUGUUUACAUGGACACUAAUAUUCUGAUAUUAACCUGAUUAAGACAAAAGUCUGAAGAAGACACAGUCAUGUAAAAAGCAUUUUCUGAUUACCUUAACCUCAGUAUUCUGACCUUAUUCACAUUAUGUUGGAGUUUUCACAGCAUUUUGUACAUGUACAGCUGCUACCAACUGAUGGACGACACAUGCUCUGGGUGUAAAGAAGAUGGAGGAAUAAAGAGUUGUAGCUUUAGCAAAAUUAGAAAAAAAACACAUUUAAAACUGGCGGAAUAACAUUGGAUGCUAUGAUAUAGUGGACAUAAUAACGUAGAUUGUAAUUGGGCAUGUAAACAGCAAUAUGAAUGUUCUAUUAGUAACCUAUGCAAACACCAUAUUUGAAAUAUCAUUGAAAUAAGGUCAAUAAUAAGAUUAUUGGUGUCCAGGUAAACAUACAUUAUGUUUCUUGCUACAAACUGCUUAAAUGUCUCCAACAAAAUAUCACAUUUCCAUGCACAUGUGGACAAUUGUAAACAAUCAGGAACAAAACAGAUUCAAAUAUCAGACUGUAAAACAAUCUUGUAUCACCACAGAUUACACACGUUGGAUUCUAAUGUUGGAUUCUUGUAAUACAGUGGUAAUAAAUCCACAACAUGAAGUUUCACAUCAAUCACGACAAAAAAAAAUCCAAUACCAUCAAUUCUAAUAAAACCAGUUCUGCUGCAUUGAAAACUACAAUCUGUGCAAAACCUCUCUGAUAAUAGUAAUCAGUUGAUAUGAUAAAUACAUGCAUGAAAUUCAAGUAUUUCUGAGGUCAUCAUAAACAUGAAUCUAUUGAUAUAUAACAGAGUUGUAUUAUUCUUUUUACAUGUCCUGAGUGAACUCCCCAAAAAACACUAAAUAUCUGCUGGUGCAGCAUUAACCUUCAUUACAAGCAAGGCUAUGCAUAACCAAGAUUCCUCUCUAUGUUAUGCUUUCAGCUACAGAAGUGGCCAAGACGACCUUUUGAUGGACAAUGUACAAUAAAUACGAACUGAUGCAAUAA